AUGACGUUGAAAAUUGUGGGAGCAAGUCUCUUCGUAUUGGCCGUUACACUCGUUUUCUGUCUCCUGCAAUUGCUGCCGGCGCCCUUCAGGAUCCAAUGGAAGGAUACGCUCUCUAGACAAUAUGCUGCGACGCUCCAUUUCCUCGCUGAUGACCUGCAAGAAUCUUGUCCAGCCAUUUCACACCAAUAUCACCACGACAUCCAUGGUGAUGAGUUGUGGCUGACAAAGGAAUCGGUUCAUCAGCAGCUCUGGAUGUCCAAUGCGCUCGAAAUCAAUGUAUUCCGUGCCGUCACCCUCUCCAGCAUGUGGAGAAUCGAAAACAUACUCACGCCCAAUACCUUGUUGAACUCUUUAAUAUACCCCUACAACCGCUGGCGCACCGAACACCAGAAACAAAAAGAGCACUCACUUCCAUACACCAAAGUCCCUCGAUCAGAAAAUCCUUCCCAAAAUACACGGACAAAUCCACCGCAACAUAUCAAUUUCAACAGUGUUAACAGCGGUAGCGACACCAAUAAUAAUCCAAACCCGUCAACCCCUCUAGAAACAUCACUCAACUCAAAUCCACUCUCCAACCCAUCGACGGCAGACCGUUUCUCCUCUCCAGAUAUCAAAAGUGCCCCACGGCCCGUCUAUCCAUCCAGCCAAGGGCAAGAUCAACUCUAUCCUCUGUACAAGUCGAACAACGCUUCCUCCAUUCCUUCUACGCGAAUCGACUCCAGCAAUCCAAACAGCACUUUGUUCACUUCACCUAAGCCGCAAAGGAACCCUCCUCUCAAUCUCCUCAGUCUCCUUCUCGUACCUCUAGAACAGCAUAGCCAUCCGUAUCCAGACAGACUUUCUCGCUCUAGUAUCUCACAUCCACCGCUAGAUUCCGCGAGCGCAACAAGAAUGAGAAUCACAUCCCGCGAAAAGGAGAUACGGGGCAGUUUAUUGGGUAUGGUUAUAGCAGUGGUCGUUGGUGUGAUGUGGCUUUGA